UUCAAAGACCGGAAUUGUCAAAAACCAGAAACGAAGUACAGGAGGGUAAAUGUUAACGACUUGUUAUGAAAUGAAAACAACAAAGAAAUUCGUUGAAACGCAAGUUUUAUAUACUUGUGUGUUUUAAAAUAUAAUGUCUGAAGUCGAACAUGGCUCAGACUUUACUUGAAAAUCAUUCAUACAAAUUGUUAACUACAGAAGAAAUCUUUGAUAACAGACAUGUUUACUUCGUAAAAUUGACAGAUUCGUGUUUGAAGGCUAUUGAGGAACACGUUACGUCCAAGAGAGUUUCACAUGCCAAAGCUGCAGUAAAAUUUGAAGGAGCCAAUGGUGUAUUAUCUAUACCAAGCAAACCUGGUUCAACAAGACAAAAUGAUACAAAAAACUUUAACUUCACAGUGUCUAAUUUUCCAGUCGAAAGUAACCCAUUACAAGGUAUAUUAGAAUGUAUAAAGCAUGCUGAUGUAAGAACAGACAGACUAGUUUCAUAUGGACCAUUGCAGUGUAAGAUUUCCAUUGCUGCUACCGAUGAUGUAUACGAGAACACAAGAAAUCGUAUGGCACAAGUUGAUCAUGAGCGCAAGGAGAUUAGGACAAAAGAAAUUGAGAUUGGAUCUAGAAAAAAAGGUAGCAAAACAAAACAAGUCAUCAGACCUGUUGAUGUUCGCCCCGCAGCAGAUAAAAAGCCUGCAAGCCUAAAAAAGAAAGUUAUUAACCAUGCACCAAACUCUCCUAAACGAUCUGCAUUCACAUCUACUGCUUCAUCGUCUUCAAUUAAUAAUCAACAUUCAUCACCCAUUGGUUCAUCUAAUAGAAGUUCUCCAGUCACAGUUGGAAAGAGUUUUUCUUGCCGGGAACGUGUUGUGCAUAUAUUAGCUAUUGGUCCGCAUGAAAAGUCUAAACUGUUGAGGCGACUAACAAGAGAGGCUUUCAGUCAAAAGGAUCGAAAUAAUUUAGCAAUGGUGUUACAGCAGGUUUCUUCGGUGCAUGAUAAUCAACACAAAUUGCAUUCGCAUUUAUAUUCAGAAGUCCAGGUGAAUACUUGGCCGUUCUAUAGCGACAGUGAAAGAUUGGAUGUUAAACGGAAUAUAACUGCACAUGCUAAACAAGAAAACACGUCUCCACAAGUGGUAUCGUCCACGUCCAAAUCACCAGAAGAAAAGCCUGCUAUAAAAAGACCUGUACAAAACGAAGUCACCAGUUCCAAUAAACGUGCUCGCUUAGAAAUUCGAAAAGCAGACGAACCUUCCUCAACUUCUUCGCUUAAUUCAAAUAAAAAAACAAAGAAGGAGGAGAGUGUGCCUACACAAUCGAAGUCAUUAGAAAACAAAAAUUCGAAUUUUGGCGAAGAUUCUCCACCCACUGUAGCGUCAACGUCUGACACGCCUGAAUAUAUGAUCACGUACAAGCCGAUCACAAGUUACGAACAACGUUGUAGAUACAAACGAGACUUUCAAUCGGAGUAUUCGGAAUAUAUCGAACUAAAGAAAAACGUGGACGCUGUUGCCACGAAAUUUAUGGAACUCGACCGAUCUUGGCGAAGGUUAAAAAAGGGCUCGCCUGAGUAUCAGAAAAUCCAAGACGAAAUUAUCGAAGCCUACCAGCAACAACAAAAGGACGAGAAAUACCACGAAAUGAAACGACGUUGUGAAGAACUUCAUCAGAAAUUAAGUCACAUUAAAAAGUUAGUCGUGGAAUAUGACAGUGCUUUGCAUACGUGACAUCGAGGCUAAAGCUCAUUUCAUACAUGACAUCGAGGCUGGAUUUUUGUUGUUGUGUUAUCAACCAACAUGGCUUCCCCCCAAAAAAGAUAGCCGCCACACACACACGCUAAAAGAUCUUGAAGGAUUAAAUUUCUUUGAUUUUUCUGAGAAGAAAAAAUAAUACAGAAAAUUAAGUUAUUUGAAUAGCUGCCUUUGAAACAAAAAUAGCAUGAAUCUUUUUACAAAAAAAAAAUUGCUACACCCUAGCAGGCUUGUAUUCGUCCUCCAAUGUGUUAAAAAUAAUAUCAAUCUUUCGAUAAAAUUGCGGCUUUAUUGUUACGCAAGAAACGCGUAACCUCAAUCAAACAUUUGUCGUAACGACAUGGCGGCUUUUAACUGCAAGAACAAAGAUUUUUAAAAAGAGAUUUCGGUAAGAGAAUGCCACUUUAUUAACAAGAGUUUUGUUAUAGCGGUGAAUUUUUAGUUAAAAUCUUUAGCGGGAAAUUUGUUUAUUUGUAGUUGUUAUUUUUAUUAUUAUUGUUGUUAUUAUUUUCUAUAAUUCGUCUCUGCAUCAGAGAGAGAAAAAUAAAACAAAUAAGAGACCGCGCUGAGUUGGAUUAUUAUGCUAAGUUGGGCUAUUUGUUAUCUUUUUUUAAAUGUCUUAUCAUAAAAAAAAUUAAGAGUAAAAAACAACAAGGAAAACAACGCUCGUAAGAAAUACACUUCUUCCUUAUUUUUUGAACCUUUUAAUUAUUUUAAAAUAACAACCAUGCUGGAGAUUUUCUUUAUAAGUGGUGGUAUGAGUCUCCUCUCCAUAGAUGUUUUUAGUUGAUCAGUUAUAUAGAUCGUGUUUUGAAUUAUUCUCGUUUCCCUUUGUUUGCGUAUUUUUUUGUGUGUUUUCUUAGCACAUAAACAGAAAUGAAAUAAUUAAACAUAUGCGUUUUGUGUUCUUCAACUAUUUUUUUUUUGCAGUAAAACAGUUACAGACAAAAGAGCCCAGGUACGCUUUUGUGUGUUCUUUACAAUUUUAUCAGCUUCUAUUUGCUACGCAUUUGAAACAACCGGUGGCAAUUUUUUCGUCUGCCGUAAUAUUUAUCUAUACAAUUUAUGUAUUUUCAAAAGAGUUAGAGUCUUAAAUAGUUGUUCUUUAACAUUUAAGCUCAUUUUUUUUUUGCUCAAUACAUGUUAAUUGCGAUUUCGUUUUUAAAUCGUUUUUUUUUUGCUCGACAUUACAGGGCUGGAGACGCCAGUGUUGGAAACAGGACAUUCAAAUCUUGUGAAAAUUGCCGAUUUUUUGUAGUUUAAAGCAACUUAAUUAAGGUUUUAACACCAAAUUUUUUUUCAGCACCCAACCACGAUGAGCGUCAUUUUGUAACUCCUACUACUGUCGCAAAUUUCGAGUUUUUAUUUUUAUUUUUUGUUAUUUUUUAUUUGCUUUAGUUUAUAUUUUGUUUGUAUGCGUUUAUCUUUCAACGAAACAAAUCGUUAAAAAUUGUAACGACUCUACGUAACCGCUACGUAACUUUAUGUCCGUACGAAUUUUUACAUCGGUUAAAAUAUAUUCUCGUAUCGACUUAG